AUGGGUAUCUUAUUGGAUCUCGCCCUGCUCCUGGUUGGACUUCAGUCCAUUCCUGUCCUCGGCCAAGCUGGUAUCGUCGAUGAGGAGAUCGAUGCCCCAAGCAAGAGUCCUUCGCUCUCCGUCGCUGUCUCUGCAUCCUUCCCAGAUGCUGAGAUCUUUGGCAUUAAGCUUGUCAAUGGCAAGCCGACCGAUUCCCUCAUCUCCUUCAGCAAUCAGGAGCCCGAGCCUGUCACUGUCCAGUUCGUUGGCGGCAGUCUCUGGACUCCUGAUUUCGAUCCUCAGGGCUCGCGCGUGGUUCGUAACUUGACCACCAAGCAAUAUGCUGUCGAAAUCCCCGCUGGCGAGAAGCAAACCCUGCCCUAUCGAUUCCAGACGAACAUGCACCCUCAGGAGCUGCGCCUUAAUUUGGCUGCCGUGGUCAGCAAGGACGAGACGUUCUAUACCAUGCAAGCCUACAAUGGCACCAUUUCUGUUGUCGACCCUGACUCUAGCUUCUUUGAUCCUCAAAUGAUCUUCCUCUACUUCUUCUUGGUCGCGUGCGCCGUUGGCGUCGGCUAUGCCUUCUACCAUAUCUGGGUCGUCCCCUACUUCCCACAGCUGCAGCAGAAGAAGUCAAGAGGCCAGAAGCCCAUCAAGAAAGCCGAGCCUGUCGAAGUCGAUGCUGCAGGACCCGCCGUGACUACCAGCUCCAAGGGCUACGAUGAAUCAUGGAUCCCCGCGCACCAUCUUCAGCGGCCCGAGGCGCGUCGCGUCAAGAGUGGUGGUCCGCGCCCAAAAAGCAAAGGCAAGGAAUAG